UCAGCCAAAAUCUUAACUUCAAGAUUUUGGAACGCUAAAAUCUUGAGGUCACCCAAAAUCUUAAAUUCAGGAUUUCGGAAAGCCAAAAUCUUGAAGUUAGCCAAAGGCUUGAAUUUAAGAUUUUGGAAAGCCAAACUCUUAAAACUACCAAAAAUCUUAAAUUCCCUUUUUUGGAAAGCCAUAAUCUUGAAUUAAGAAGUUUGGAAAGCGAAAAUCUUGAAGUCAGCCAAAAUCUUUAGUUCCAGAUUUUGGAACGCUAAACUCUUGAGGUCAGCAAAAUCUUGAAUUCAAAAUUUUGGAACGCUUAAAUCUUAAAGUGAGCCAAAAUGUUGAAUUCAGGAUUUUGAAAAGCUAAAAUCUUGAAAUCAAGCAAAAUCUUCAAUUCAUGAUUGCGGAACGCUAAAAUAUUGAAGUCAGCCAAAAUCUUCAAUUCGUCUGUUUGAAACGCUAAGAUCUUGAAGUCAGCCGAAAUCUUCAAAUCAGGAUUUUGGAACGCUUAAAUCUUGAAGUCAGCCAAAAUCUUCAAUUCAGCCGUUUGAAACGCUAAAAUCUUGAAGUCAUGCAAAAUCUUGUAAUCAGGAUUUUGGAAAGCCAAAAUUUUGAAAUCAGCCACAAUCUUGAAGUCAGCCAAAAUCUUAAAUUCAAGAUUUUGGAAAGCCAAAAUGACGAUGUCAGACAAAAUCUUAAAGUCAGGAUUUUGGAA